AUGGGCAAGAAAGAGAAGAAGGUGAGAGCAGCAAAAACUGAAGAAGUUUCGUCACCCGAGGAAGAAAAAGGAAGGGUGAAAACUCCAAUUGAAGAAGUGAGUACGGAUGAUGAUGAAGAGGCCAAUGAAGACCUGAGUUUGAAAAUCGUUCAAAGAGCCAUGCUACGAGCAUGUAAUGGAGAUCCCCAAAAAGAGGGGGUUUCUGAAAUUGUUACGAAUUUAAAGGACGAGAAAAAGAAAAAGAAGAAAAAAGAGAAGAAAAAGAAAAAGAAGAGCAGUGAAACGGAAGCCCUCCCAGAAGAUGCCGAGGAUCAUGAAAAGGAUGAAGAGAAGUCUGGGACUGACAAAGCUACUGAGAUUGCUUAUAAAGCAGUUGAUGCGAAUUCUGCUGAGAUGUCAGAUAAUGCUGUCCUGAGGAAGCUUCUUCGGGGGCCUAGGUACUUUGAUCCUCCGGACAGUUGGGGAACAUGCUAUAAUUGUGGUGAAGAGGGUCAUACAGCUAUCAACUGUACUUCAGAAAGGCGCAAGAAGCCUUGCUUUGUUUGUGGGAGUUUAGAACAUAAUGCCAAGCAAUGUUCCAAGGGACAAGAAUGCUUCAUCUGCAAACAACAGGGUCAUCGUGCAAGAGAUUGCCUUGAGAAAAGCAGAGUGGAGUCCUGGAGUUCUAAGAUGUGUUUAAAAUGUGGAGAGUCUGGACAUGAUAUGUUUUCAUGUAGAAAUGACUAUUCUCCCGAUGAUCUCAAGGAAAUGCAGUGUUACAUUUGCCAAAAGUUUGGCCAUAUGUGUUGUGUAAACUAUACUGAUCUCACACCAAGAGAGGUCUCCUGUUAUCGAUGUGGUCUAUUGGGCCAUAUUGGUUUGGCUUGUACAGGGUCCCGUGGGGAUACAACUGUUACUGGAUGGGAUAAUUCAUGCUACAGGUGUGGGGAAGUGGGGCAUUUUGCUCGUGAAUGUAUCACCUCAACAAAAGCUUUCAAGAGAAAUCAUGAAUUUUCGACCCCCAAGCAGAAAUUUUCUAAGAAGAAUAGAGAUCUCAGUGAAGUUAAAUAUGCUUCUCAUGAUCUUGGCAAGAGAUAUAAAAGAGAGACCCAAUAUGAAGGAGGAUACGCAUCAGCUUCAAAUGCAAAACAUAGAGGUGGUUGGAUCACUGAAGACCCUGGAGAUUAUCGUAGCAAUAAAUACGAAGAAGAUAACUGGAGAUCUCCUGCAACACCGAGUCACAAAAGAGCCAAGAUUUUUAACUCAACCGACGAGGGUGCUUCAAAUUCUCAUUCUUCAAAAUAUCCCCUUAUGAUGGGACGAGAAGAGAUUAUGGUUGGCGAUAAUGGAGUAUACAAUCCCAAGAAUGCUGGUUUGGGCAUUUGUUGCAUCUGGACGUCUGCUCGGAGAAGACAAUGCAACUAUUCUUUGCCUUUUGGGAGAUCAUAUCUUAUGGAUUCUUUAGGUGGCUCAAUAGAAAGUCGAGUCAACUUGGUCCGUGCUUAA